CUGCCCGGUUGCCAUAGAGACAAGACACGCGCUGCACGCAAAACAACAUCCCUCUUCCGCAAGUAAUAAUGCGGUCAGCUGAGGAGAAAACUGUACUUUUAUGUGCUUUAGAUGAUGAUGUAGAGGGACUUAAGCGUCUUUUGGAAAGUAACAGUGCCACCGAUAGUAAACAGCCGGAGAAUAUUUUGUGGGAAAAAGAUGAGGUGGGACGGAAUGCGCUGUUUGCAGCUUGUACGUUAGGACGGAGCGGCAUCGUGCGCGAGCUCGUGCAGAACGGCGCUGACGUCAAUGAAUUCACAGCGCGGGGCUACUCACCAUUGCAUUGUUCUGGCAUGUGGGGUCAGCUGGACACUUUGAAAACUUUGGUUGAGCUCAACGCUGAUUUUCAAGCUACCAAUUUCCGCGGAGAGAAGGCUGUUGAUGUGGCCCGACGUUAUGACAAACUGGACUGCGCAGAGUUUCUGGCAUGGGCUGAGGCCAAACAAAGUUUGCAAGCAUUAAUACAAGAAGUCAGAGACAUUAUCGCUGAUCAAGAGAAAAUUCAAGGAAAGCUCAGUAAGGAGGACAAGAACAUGUGUAUAAACAUCUGUUCGUCAAAAUCAAACUGGAUACACAACACCAAAAAUGCAACAAUUCAAGACUUUAUUGAACAGGAGAAGCACCUCGAAGACGUACUGGCACCUAUUCUGCUCAAGAUUAACACACAAUCUGAAGCCACAAUGAAGACAAGAAAGCAGUAGAACUACAUUACACAGAGGCAUUAAUAUUAUGUAGUUUAAUGACAAU